AUGGACAGGGAUGCGAUAAAGAAGGCCCAACAGGCCUCCAGAACGGCGUUUCUUAAAAAACAGUCGAAACUGCAAAGCAAAACCUCUUCGGCUGUUUUGGAAGAAAGGAUCAAGGAUAUUGAGCAGGGUGUGGUCCCACAAUCCCUGGUGGAGGCAGAUUUCCUGCUAAAAAGAGCCGAACAGGUGCGCGCAGCGCAGGGGCUCCUUCAGACAGCCACCCACCGCCAUGAGAUGGCGGAUAACACGGCCAUUCAGAGCACUAAAGAUCUUCCAAGCCUAUCGGGAGACACUGUGUUUGGCGACCGUCUAGGAAUUUCGGAGGAUGUGCUACCGCCGUAUACGCGAGAUGUGAAGGAUGGGGCCGGGUCGGACGCUGUCGGCAGUGGAUUUGUGGCUAUGGACAGUGAGACGAUCGAGCGGCGUGUGAAGGCGCAUGAAUACGUGCCUGAAAAAAGCAUCGAUGAAAUCGAGAGGGAUCGGGUCGCGAGCCUUCAACAACGACAUGAGUUACUCCAGGCGCAGCGCCGCUCGCUGCCGAUCUACGGUGUUCGAGCGGAGUUGCUCCAACUGAUCAAAGAUAACCAAGUGGUCGUGCUUGUUGGGGAGACCGGAUCGGGGAAAAGCACCCAGCUCCUCCAGUAUCUCUACGAGGAGGGUUUUCACCUGCUGUCAAGGACGGAAAGGCGCUCGACGGAGGCCGUCUCCCGCCCGGAUCCCGAGAACUCGGCGAAGGAGGACCGCGGAGACGAAGACGAAGCCGAAGACGACGACGAAGGGGAUGAGCUGCGGUUGAUCUGCACCCAGCCCCGGCGUAUCGCGGCGAUGAGCGUCGCGGAGCGCGUCGCGCAAGAGGUGGGCUGCUCCUGCGGUAGCGUCGUCGGCUAUCGGGUUCGCUUUGAUGACCGCUCCAGCUCCCUCACUCGGAUUCUUUUUGUUACGGAUGGGAUGAUGCUGAAUGAGUUCACGAAGGACCCCAACCUGGAGUCCGUCGCGGCGAUCAUGAUCGAUGAGGCGCACGAGCGCUCGCUCAGUACGGAUAUUCUUUUGGGGUUGUUAAGAGAUGUUGUUCGUCGAAACCCGCACAUUCGGGUGAUUGUGGCAAGCGCCACGAUCAAUGCGGAAAAGUUCAGCAACUUUUUCAAUAAGGCGCCGAUUUUAAACGUCAAGGGGCGCACCUUCGCCGUGGACGUGUUCUACGUCGACGUACCGAUCACGGAUUACGUCAGUGAGUCCGCGCAAACCGCCCUGAGCCUGCACCUGACGAAGCCGCUACCGGGGGAUAUUCUUAUCUUUCUGCCCGGGCAAGACGCGAUCGAGAGCUGCGCGGAAAUCCUCCGUCAGAACUUAGCGGAAUCCCAAGGAACGAUGCGACCUCUGCUCAUUUUGCCCAUUUAUUCCGCCAUGCCGCCGAAGGAGCAGGCGCGGAUCUACACCCCCACCCCUCCUGGUGCGCGAAAAGUCGUCAUCGCGACCAACAUCGCGGAGACGUCGAUCACGAUUGACGGGAUCGUCUACGUCGUGGAUUGCGGGUUGUGCAAGCAGGAUUACUACAACGCGCGCGCGAUGGUGGAGGAGCUGCGGGUGGUGCCCACCUCGCAGGCGAGCGCGCAGCAACGCGCCGGGCGCGCCGGGCGAACGCAACGAGGGGAGUGUUUUCGUCUCUACACCCCAUAUACCUUUCGAAACGAACUCCUGGAGGAGACGACGCCGGAGAUCCUACGCGCCUCCAUGAGUGCGGUGGUUCUGCAGCUCAAGGCAAUCGGGGUGGAUAACCUGCUUCAGUUCGAUUUUGUCGAUCCGCCGUCGACGGAGUCGCUCGAGCGAGCCCUCGAUCAGCUUUACCUCCUCGGCGCGAUGAAAGCGGAUGGGAGGCUGACCGUUACGGGGCGUCGGAUGUCGGAGUUCCCGCUCGAACCCCCUUUGAGCAAGGCGCUUCUUCGCGCGUGUGGGCUUCGUUGCGGGCGGCAUAUGGCGAUGGCCGCCGCGAUGCUUUCCAUCGACUCCAUCUUUCUCACCUCACGCGAUCCGCAGGAGCGGCAGCUCGUGGAGAGCGCGAAAGGGGAGCUCUUCGCCUUCGGAAACGGCGACGUCGCCGGGUACGUCCGGGUGAUGGAGGAGUGGCUGCGGGCGGGGCCUCAGGCAGGGGAGUUCUGCCGCGUGCAUGGCAUCCACCCCCGUUCCCUGCUUCGCGCACGGGAUGUGCUCGAUCAGAUCUUGAAGAUCUACGACCGGAUCGGGCUCGAUCUCAAGGAGGACGAUUCCAACGAGAGGCAUCCUACGACCCUUGCCGCUCCGGAGGCGCGAGGCGCGACGGAAGGGCUUUAUCCAAGUGGCCGCAUGAUUAACACCGAGGCACUCACGAAGGCGCUUCUUUCCGGAUUUUUCUUCAACGUGGCAAAGAUGGGGUUAGAUAAGCGCACCUAUACCAUCGUCCGGCCGAUCCACACCGGGGGAUCGUCGUACGGAGCCAGCCUCGAUGACGACGCCUGCACGACGGAAAUUCAUCCAAACAGCUUUUUGUUUCGUUCUGGGAUGAAGGCCUUGCCGAAUAAGGGUCUUGCCGCAAUGAUGCAGAGCAAAGAAACUUCUAACGGCGCGGAUGUGGACUUGAGGAUCCCGCAGGUGCUUCGAGAGCGUCCGUCAUUGGUGGUUUUUACGCAGCUACGUCGCACAACCAAACGGUAUAUGAUGCAUCUCACUGCUAUCGAGUCGGUCGACAUGAUCCUCGAAAUGUCGCCGUUGAACUAUUUCACUAGAGAGGAGCUGGAGACUAAAAUGCGCAAAAGAUUGAGGGAAUGA